GGGCGUAGUGCAGUGCGCCCCGUGGCCGCCGCCGCGGCGGUUGCGGUUGCGGUUGCGGUUGCGGUUGCGGUUGUUUUGGGGUGGGGGUGGUGCUGUUUUUUUUUUUUUUUGCUUGUUUGUUUGUUUGAGAGUGUGGGGCGCCGCGCCGGUGUGUGUCUAUGGGUGCGCGUGCGCGGAUGCGUGCUUGCUUGCUUACUUACUUACGUCUUUGGGUAUUGGGCGCGGGCUCGGGGGCUCAGCGGGGGCUCGAGGAGGGGCGUGAGCGAGGGAGCGAGGGAGGGAAGGAAACAAUACAGAGGAGGCAGAGGAGGCAGAGGAGGUCGCGCGGCGCGGCCGUGUGUGUAUCUGUGUAUUUUAUUUCUGGGUAGUGGUAUAUUUGCUUGCUUGCUU